GAAUUCGCUGGCGUUACUUCCGAGUGCGGAAGUGAAAAAAAAAAAAAAAUAAAUAAAAAUAGGCAGAGACUGAUGUUGACAGCAGUUUCGUACCAUGGCAGUUUCUUUUUUGCCCACGAACUAAGUUCGCACCACCGGAAAGUACAUCUACAAGUGCUAAGAGUGAGAAGAAAAUGAAAUCCUACCAACUUGCCUUUCUACAAAAAUGUGAAUGAUUACCUGGGAAGACAGCAACUGACGGACCGUGUGCAAGUGGUUGUAACCUUGCCCUUAUAAAUAAUCAAGAUGUCAGGAGGGAACCUCUUCAACAAGAUGCGGUCUGCCUUCAGGAGAGAGCCCCGAGACUGGGACCUGAGUGACACGGCUCCCUUUGACUUUUCGGACGACCUGGUGGACGAUGAGACACCGAAGUUCAACAAGCUGAAGGUUGUGGUCUCCGGAGAGAUGUCAGACUACUCUGCUGGAGCUCCGUCCAACGGGGUGCCGGUGAACACGAUGGUGGUGGACGAUGACGACUCCCUGCUCGACUCCUCUUCCAGCCUGGGCAGCCCGGGGUUAAAUAUGGACCCCUGUGACAGCUGCACCAAGAAGAGGGAGAAGAUCAAGCACAGGAGGGUGAUGAAGAGGCUGGUCAUCGCAGCGUUGCUUUAUUUUCUGUUCAUGAUCGGUGAAAUUAUUGGUGGUUAUGUGUCAAACAGUUUAGCCAUUAUGACCGAUGCUGUGCACAUGUUGGCUGACGUCGUGGGGAUUUUGUUUUCUCUGCUGGCCCUGUGGCUCUCCACCAAGCCGCCCACCAAGAGAUUCACCUUUGGGCUGCAUCGUCUCGAGGUGGUGUCUGCGGUCGUGAGUGUGUUCCUCAUCUAUAUUCUGACGGCCUUCCUCCUCUAUGAGGCGAUUCAGAGGACGAUGCACCAAGACUUCAACAUAGAUGGAGACGUCAUGCUCAUCACGGCAGCUGUGGGGGUGGCUGUUAAUCUCAUAAUGGGUUUCUUGUUAAACCAAGGCGGUCACCUCCACUCACACGGCCACGGUCACUCUCACGGCCACGGUCACUCUCACGGCUCAGCAGCUCCCGUAAGUUCAGAGUCGUCGGGGUCCGGUCAGCAGCAGAGGUCACAUGGCAGCCUCGCUGUGCGAGCCGCCUUCAUCCACGCUUUGGGAGACCUCCUGCAGAGCGUCGGGGUGCUCAUAGCUGCCUACAUUGUCCGGUUCAAGCCGGAGCUGAAGUUGGCAGAUCCUAUUUGCACCUACAUCUUCUCUGUCCUGGUUCUCUGCACCACGUUCCGCAUCAUUCGAGACACAACAGUCAUUGUUCUUGAGGGUGUUCCCAGACAUCUGGACACUGCUCAAAUCAAAGAGGAACUAUUGAAGCUGGAAGAUGUCCAAUCAGUGGAUGAGCUGAACAUCUGGGCGCUGACGGGGGAUAAGACUGCAGCACUGGUGCAUCUCCAGCUCAGGCCAUCUAGUGCUACCAACUGGGAGGACGUCCAGGCGAAGGCCCGCCACCUGCUGCUCCACACCUACGGCCUCACCAGGUGCACAGUGCAGAUCCAGACUCACAGGCAGAGGGUGGUGCGCACUUGUGCAAACUGCCAGCUGCCCAGUGCCUAGAGAGACUCUCAUGCUCACACUGACUUCCACUGUUCAUUUAAUCGGAGCCACACAGCAGUCAGUACAACACACAGAGGGACCUGCGUGGCGCGUCGCUGCUGCGGCUCAGUGCCACUGCAGGCGACACGGUAUACAAGGUGUAAGUGGAACAAAUAGUGGUGCCAAAAGACAGUCAGUGGGGUAACAACAGAUGCACGUUUCUAAUUAAAGGAGCACUACAGCCUCCAGGGGACUGAUGCUCUUGUGCUUGCAAAGCCUUUGGAGUAAAAGCUGAAUGCUGCAAUGGAGAAGAAUGUAAAAAAAAGAAAAGAAAACAAAAAAAACUUGUCCUUAAUUCACCAUUAAAGCCUACUCCAACAGGUGACCUUUUUUUUUAUGUAUUUACGUUUUGAUUUAUCACAACUGACUGAUGUCUGAUGUCAUCAGAUGUGACCUUUUGUUACAAUGUGUGAGACCUGUACGCUUAGAUUUUAUUUUAUUAUUUUACAGAGGAUUUCAGCAAAUGAAAAGGUACCUCAUGGUGUUUGAUAAUAACUGUGAUCACACGGUGACAUAUAAGCUGCUUGUGAGCUGCACUCAUGAUGCACAAACCCUUUACCGUUGCUUUUCCUUUUGCAGACAUCACAUCUCAUCAGAUGCACCUAAUCAUGAAUAGAUAAGUAUGUACGGCAGAUUUUAAAAAGGAAACACACAACAUAAGAUGUUCUUAAAUUCUGGAGGUUGUCUAAGCGGCUCCACUGACCAACACUUUACUUAACAAUAACUUGACAUUACUGACACCGAUGUUUUAUUGUAGCUUAUCAAUUAAAUGUGAUCAGGCAACUCCCGAUCAAAGUGUGAUUGGCUUUGAAUGAGAAUAACCUCAGCCUUGUUUCAUCCCCAUACUCUAAACUCAGCCCCCUCUGCCCCUCAAAUACCCUUGACUGACAGUAUAGUAAUGCAGAGUGGGCUGAGACGUCCUCAGUAUUUCACAUUUGCAGUGUUUUUGGAGGAGGAGCAGUGGUUUGAAUUUUUGCCAGUUCACGGUGUUUCUAGUGUUUUCUUUGUCAAGUGUUAAGAGGCUUUAGGGGAGUUUAUGGAUAAGCCUUACUAUGCCUCUGAUAUUAAUAAUCAAAGAAAAUCAGGAACUGGAUCACUGUUUUUUGUUUGUAAUAAAGUCUUUAAACCUUU